ACGGAAGAACCCAAGUAACACCGGAUAUUCAUAUCAUGGUCUAUCGUUCUUCAAUUUUGUUUAUUCUAUUAAUAAUACAUUUAAAUCAUAUAUAAUUAUUUCUAGAAUAUUCGCUGAAGAUUUAUCUAAAUAAUCACAAUAUAUGCAUGGUAAAAUAUUGAUCUUAAAAGAAUAUUCGCUGAAGAAUAUGUAUUACUUAUUCUACCAUAACUGAUGAAAUGAAUAUUCCAUUAAAAAUAAUACAUUCUUAUUUUUUUUUUUUAUUAUUCCUCUUUGAAUAUCCAUUGAAUAAUCUAAAUUGAAUAUCCAUAAAACAUAUCCAAUUAAGAAUACUUAAUGAAUAAUAGUUACCAUCAUAUGUAAUGGAUAUUCAUCUAAUAAUAAUACAUAAAUAAUUCUUUAUUAUUAAUAAAAUUACGUUUGUUUAUAUAUAUAAAUAGUAGGUAGGUACGCGUACUCACUACUCUAUUGUAUUUAUAUAAUAAUAGGGAUUAUUAUUGAACCCCGCGGUACACCGGGGUUUAUUAAAUGCGUGUGAAACUGUCGACACUCAUGGUAAUAUAUUGUGGUAUUGCUAUUAUUGUUAUCAUUGAAUAAAUGUGAUUACUGAUUUGUUUUUAUAAAAUUAACGUCCAUGGAUUUCCUUUGUUUAUAAUAAAUAGUAAUACGCGCCGCGCGGUCAUUUCGUUCAUCGUUGUUAUAAAUCUGUGAUCUUAUUAGUUAUUAUCACAUUCAAUUGCACACGCGCUUGUUCGCCGUUCGAACGUUUUGAUCGACGUCAUCUAGCCAUCUUAUGAUAUUAUAUGUUUAAAUGAAUAAUAUAAUAUUAAGUAUUAUAUGAGUUGUUCGUUUUAUAAUAAGUCGUUACAGUUACUAAUCAUUAAAAGAUGUCUGCCGGCUGGUAUGUUGUAAAAUUUAAAAAUGAAAAAAAUAUAAUUGAAGUUAUUCCAAGUAAUUGGAUUAAGAAUUUUGAAGCAUGUUUCUGGCCUUUAAAAUAUGGUUCAAUUAAAUUGCAAUCGGCCAUAAAAAACCGUGCAAAUCCAGAAAAAGAUUGGAAAUUAUAUACCAUAAAAGUCAUAUGCAACAAAAUGUUUACCGUGUAUAAGGAUGCUUCUAAAUUUGCUAAUGAGACCCUUGCCCAAAGUUCAUCAGAAAGUGAACAACUAACUGCUAAAAAAACAUCAACUAAACGCAAAAAAAAGAAUAAACAAAUUGAUUGUAGCAGUGGACCAAGUAGUGAUGAAAAAGAUAAUGAACUACCACCAUUCCCAAAAUUCAAAAAAAAUGAUUCCAAAGAAACAGAAUCCAGUAUAGAUGUUUCACAUAAUAUAGAAUGUAGUCUAAAUGAUGAUUUAAACGUGGUAUCUAAUGAAAAUCAAAACAUUUUUGUUAUCGAUGACGAUGAUAACCAAAAUAUUGAUCUCAGUGAUGGUUUUAGAUGUAUAAUAUCUAAUAAUCAAAACUGUGUCUCUUCAGAUGAAUCAUUUACGGUUAUUGAUAACAAUGACAUUGGGGUUAGUAAUGGUUCAGACAAUUUGCCAUCUGUUAGUGGUAACAAAAACCAAAACUACAAUUUUCCAGAAGACACAGUUAAUAAUCAAACUGCAGUGACCAUGCAAGAAAUUAAUCUCAAUGAUAUAGAUUUUGGGAGUUUAGUAUCAGUUCCUCAAAACAAACAGAAAACUCACAUUUCUUCAGAAGUUGAAACACAGAUCUUAAGACAACUUAUUACUUUAAACGCCAGAUGUAAAGAACAAGGUGACUACCUUCAUACAAUAAUGAUGGUAGUAAACAACAUUCAAGAGAAGCAAGAUAAACAAACUUCGUCUAUUGCAGUAUCAUCAGCUACUAAUGAUGAGCUUGAAAAUGUAUGUGCAAUGCUUCCGAUAUCAAAUGAGUUAUCGCUAACAAACUUUAAAGAAACUUUGAUUAACAAUAAAACAUUAUAUGAUAAAAUGGUGAAAAUGUUGGCCUUGCUUGGUGGAUCUAAUUUUAAAGAGUCAGUCAGACGGAUAUUAAGAAAGUUAAUAACCAAUGAUUAUGCUAAAUCUUUCAGUUACACGGGGCACAAGAAUAACAAAACUGCUUUGAACAAUACUAUUCUGGCAUCAUUACUUACUAAGGCUAUCCAUUCAUCCACCAACAAUGCUGGUACUACUGUAAAACAAAUUGAGCUGGUGGCAAGUAUUUGGCUUACCAAAGCAAAUGAAAGAUGCAAACAAGCAGCAGAAGUUCCAUUAUAAUUUUAACACUUCAGAUUUAAAAAUAAAGAGUUUUGUUAUUAAUUUA